UCAGCAUUUUCUUUCUCUCUCUAGCAUACUUCGUUUUGGUAUAUAAAUUAAUAAAUAAAAAACAAUUCUUGAUAAAAUUUGUGUGGGGAAUUGGUAGGUGGAAAUGGCGAGCUCAGUGGAGAAGAAGGAAACAGAGGGUGCCAAAGAGGAUGUUGUUUGCUUAGAACUCCCUGCUCCUCCUGGUUGGAAGAAAAAGUUCAUGCCUAAGAAAGGGGGGACUCCUAAGAAAAAUGAGAUCCUAUUCACUGCUCCCACAGGAGAGGAAAUCAGCAACAGAAAACAAUUGGAACAGUACCUUAAAGCACACCCUGGUGGUCCAACAGUAUCAGUAUUUGAUUGGGGCACUGGCGAGACCCCAAGGAGAUCAGCAAGGAUUAGUGAGAAGGUAAAAGCAAUGCCAACACCAGAAAGUGAACCUCCAAAAAAACGUGGCAGAAAAUCAUCAGCUUCAAAGAAGGAUAACAAAGACGAUCAUAUGCAAGAGGCUGAAAAAUCUGAGAAAGAUAAUGUGGAGGGAGAGGCAGGAAACGUUGCUGUGCAGGAAAAUGAAAAUGAGAAUAAAAAUAAAACACAAGAUGGUGAUGGCAAAACUGAAUCCACUCCUCAAGAAGUGAAACCUGGAGAAGAUGCUAAUGUAUCUACUAAUGUUGAAGAUGGUAAGGAAAGUGCUGAAGCAGCAUCUAAAAAGUUGGAGGACCCCCAGGAUGGAGUUGAAGCUUAUGCUUCUGGAGUUGCUGAAAAGGAAAAAGUAGGUUCAGAGGGUACAACGUUCAGGGAGGUUGAACAACCAGGUGAAGCAGAGAAAGGGCUUCGAUCUGGGCAGGAAAAACCAGACAUAGGAAUUACUGGGGAAAUAAAAAAUAAGGUGGAAGUAGAAGAAAAAGGGGAACAUGAUAUUAGCGCUACUGAAUCUGAAGGAGCAAUCAAGGAGAAAGAAUCAGCAAAUUGCAAUGAGGGGCAAAAUACUUCAGGUGUCAAUGAAAUUAACAAGAAAGCAGAAGAAGCAAUUCAGAAUGGUAGUAAUGGAAGUAAUGCAGGCGAGAUCAAGCCUUGAGUUACCAUAUAUAUGCAAUAGAUUAACUUGAUGCUGGCUUCUCUCUCACCUCUUUGUGACCCUUUUAGAUUUUUGGGGCUCCUUCAAAUGACUGUAGCUUUGAUGUUAUAGUAACUGAUUGUUCAUUGAGACAUCUUUCUAUAUAAAGGUAGAUAGCUUUAUAAUAUAGCUGCUUCAAAUGUAUUGGUCAGACCUGUAGCUUGCAGUAAUCUAUGUAACAUUAUGGCAUCUAAUACUGCAAAUGAAUGUAAUAUGCAGUGUUAAGUAAUAAGUUACAAUAGUGGAUGAAA